GUCCAUUUGUGUUUCGCGUGUCGCGCGCGCUCGCGUCUUGAACGAGAAUUAGAACUUCACUGUCACAACAUGAAGCGGGGCAACCCCAACAAAAAGCCGUCUGGGGCGCAUUGGAAAAGGCGAAGAAAGGGAGAGGAGGAAAAACUCCAGGAAAACAGAGGUGCAUUGUUAAAAUAUCUGGGUAAUCCCACUCCCACCACUGCACAACCUGAGUCUACUGCAUCGCUGCCUGUAGCAGGUGAAAACGCAUCACGACUACCUGUCCCAAGUGAACCUGCUGCUACACAAUCUGCAGGAGAGACAUUGGUCCCGAGUACCACAACACAGUCUGCAGCAUGUGAAAACGCAUCACUACCUUUCCCAAGUGAACCUGCUGCUACACAAUCUGCAGGGGAAACAUUGAUCCCGAGUACCACAACACAGUCUGCAGCACGUGACACCACAAAGGCAGCAGCUGUUGACCCUGCCGACUGGCCAUCCAUGUCUGAUAAGGUAAGAACAGAGUUUGUGAGCAGAGGACCCUAUCAG